AUGGGCGGAGAACGGAAGAUCAAGUCUGUUGCCAUUAUUGGCGCCGGCGCUGCAGGUGCUGUCACGGCUGCAGCUUUUAAAGCGGAAGACUACUUUGAGCGAAUCCAGGUAUUCGAAAGAAGAGAGUCCGCUGGCGGAACAUGGAUCUACGACCCAAGUCCAUCUGAGCUGCCUCCACUCCAGCCCGGAAGCCUCCCGCCCGAUGUUGAUCCCGCAGUGGAGAUCCCGGGCGACCUUCCCCAGGUCAAGCCACAUAGUCAACGAGAACGAUAUUCACAGACUCCCAUUUACCAGUCUUUAACCACCAAUGUCCCAGACAUUGCAAUGUCGUUUUCGGACUCAAGGUUCGCCUAUGGGCCUUUUGCGCCGCACUGGAUCCCGCGACAAUACAUUGAAAACUAUUUCUCUUCGCAUAAGACUGAUUCUUCUCUGGUACUCAAUACCACAGUCGAAGACGUGACAAGGAUUCCGGCCAAGGACAGACCUGAGCAGUGGAGGUUGACUCUGCGCCAGUUCGAUGCCGCGCGUAACGUCGAUGUUUGGUGGCAGGAGGUGUUCGACGCCGUCGUUUUCGCCAACGGUCACUACUCAGUACCCUACGUGCCUCAUGUCAAGGGUCUAGACGAAUACAUCAAGAAGUUCCCAGGCCGAGUCGUACAUUCCAAAACUUACCGCACCCCGCAACCGUACACCGGAAAGAAGAUCCUCACCAUUGGAAACUCUGCAUCUGGACAUGACGUGACAGAAGAGUUGGUAAAGACAGUUCGCACCCCUGUCUAUCAAUCCCGACGGUCCAAGUCCCGCUGGGAUGGCGACGAGCCGCCUCCGGGCAUCGCCUGGAAACCAAUCAUCAAGGAAUUUCGCCUCGACGGGCGUAUCAUUUUCGAAGAUGACUCGUAUCUCGAUGACGUUGAUCACAUCAUCUACUGCACGGGCUACAAACCAUCGUACCCAUUCUGGAACUCGGAAGCGAACGGUGGACGGCCAUUGUACGACUACAAGAACGGAAAACUGAUCAAAACGUUCUGGCACACCUUCUUCCAGGACUUCCCGACGUUGGGUAUUGUCGGUAUGCCAAGAGUUUUGACCUUCAGGAGUUUCGAGUACCAGGCUAUUGCGUUGGCAAGAGUGUUUUCCGGACGAGAGUCCGUUGCGCUGCCACCUGUUGAGGAGCAGGAGCGAUGGGAGAGAGAGAGGGAAGAGCUUGUCAAAAAGGAAAGAAGAAACUUCCACGACAUUGCCUGGGAGACUGGAGAAACUUUUGAGUGGCUCAACUGGCUGUUCCGUGUCGCUGGUCUUCCGACGCUCAGGGCCAAGGGACGGACGCCGCCUGUACUUUCCGAGGAGUUGAUUUGGGCGGUCGAGCACUUGAGGAAGUAUCCUGAACCUGGAAACCCAGAUGAAGAUGAAGGGAACCGGGGUGGAGCGCAUAGUCUCGGGAACCCUCAUGGUGAAAGUCGUAAGCAAGAUGGGCAAGAACAUAAAGGAGCGUUGAAGUUGGCACAAAGACCAAAGAAGGAUCUUUUGGAGUUUAUUUAG